CUGCGCAUGGCACGUUGCGUACCCCACUCCCAGCAAUCGGCUUGGCAGCGGCGCGGCCAUAAAACUUAGGAGGCGGAGCUGAGACGGUCGGGACUGCUUGCUAACUCCAAGAACAGGUACCGGCCUGGCGGCGUGCCUGGUGCGCUGCAGGGGCCCGUCUCUCCGUGGCUCUGCCACCGAUUCCAUCUCCCCAGGCCCAGACCUUCAUCGGAGCGGCCAUCCCGGGCUCACCCUCGCCCUCCACCGGCCUCCUUUUUAACCCGCGUCCUCGACUCCCGCAGUGAGGCGCCGCAGCCCGAGAGCAGAAUAGGCUUGGGCCUGUCAGGGAGACGCUGAAAUGGAGUUGCCCGGCAAGACAGACGGGCUGUGCUUUCCCCUUCCUUCCCACCCCCGGGACUUCCAUGUUUAAGUUUUUGAAUCUGAAGUAGGUCUACACAGUAGGAACUCAUGUCUUUUCUUGUAAGUAAACCAGAGCGAAUCAGGCGGUGGGUCUCGGAAAAGUUCAUUGUUGAGGGCUUAAGAGAUUUGGAACUGUUUGGAGAGCAGCCUCCGGGUGACACUCGGAGAAAAACCAAUGAGGCGAGCUCAGAGUCGAUAGCAUCCUUCUCUAAACAGGAGAUCAUGAGUAGCUUUCUGCCAGAGGGAGGGUGCUAUGAGCUGCUCACUGUGAUAGGCAAAGGAUUUGAGGACCUGAUGACUGUGAAUCUAGCAAGGUACAAACCCACGGGAGAGUAUGUGACUGUACGGAGGAUUAACCUAGAAGCUUGUUCCAAUGAGAUGGUAACAUUCUUGCAGGGCGAGCUGCAUGUCUCUAAACUCUUCAACCAUCCCAAUAUCGUGCCAUAUCAAGCCACCUUUAUUGCAGACAAUGAGCUGUGGGUUGUGACAUCAUUCAUGGCAUAUGGUUCUGCAAAGGAUCUCAUCUGUACACACUUCAUGGAUGGCAUGAAUGAGUUGGCAAUCGCUUAUAUCCUGCAGGGGGUGCUGAAGGCCCUUGACUACAUCCACCACAUGGGAUACGUACACAGGAGUGUCAAAGCCAGCCACAUCCUGAUCUCUGUGGAUGGGAAGGUCUACCUGUCUGGUUUGCGCAGCAACCUCAGCAUGAUAAGCCAUGGGCAGCGGCAGCGAGUGGUCCACGAUUUUCCCAAGUACAGUGUCAAGGUUCUGCCGUGGCUCAGCCCCGAGGUCCUCCAGCAGAAUCUCCAGGGUUAUGAUGCCAAGUCUGACAUCUACAGUGUGGGAAUCACAGCCUGUGAACUGGCCAAUGGCCAUGUCCCCUUUAAGGAUAUGCCUGCCACCCAGAUGCUGCUUGAGAAACUGAACGGCACCGUGCCCUGCCUGCUGGAUACCAGCACCAUCCCCGCCGAGGAGCUGACCAUGAGCCCUUCGCGUUCAGUGGCCAACUCUGGCCUGAGUGACAGCCUGACCACCAGCACCCCCCGGCCCUCCAACGGUGACUCACCUUCCCACCCCUACCACCGAACCUUCUCCCCCCACUUCCACCACUUUGUGGAGCAGUGCCUUCAGCGCAAUCCGGACUCCAGGCCGAGCGCCGGUACCCUCCUGAACCACUCUUUCUUCAAGCAGAUCAAGCGACGUGCCUCAGAGGCUUUGCCCGAAUUGCUUCGUCCCGUCACCCCCAUCACCAAUUUUGAGGGCAGCCAGACUCAGGACCACAGUGGAAUCUUUGGCCUCGUAACAAACCUGGAAGAGCUGGAGGUAGAUGAUUGGGAGUUCUGAGCCUCUGCAAACUGUGUGCAUUCUCCCGCAAGGGACGCAGAGGCCCUUCCUGAGGGCUGGCCACAUUCCCACCCUCCCGGGCAGAUUGGGUAGAAAGGACAUUCUUCCCGGAAAGAUGGCUGCUGACUGAUUGGGAAAGAAAAUCCUGGAGAGAUGUUUCUUCACUGCUCCAAGGCUUUUGAGAAACAAGAGAAUCUCAACACCUAGGGAUUGGGAGGGUGCAAAGCCGACAUUCCCAGUCCUGUGAGCUCAGGUGACCCCCGCAGAAGGAAGGGAUGCUGUUCUGGCCCUGGGAGCUGAAUUCGGAGCCCAGGGUUUGACUCAUUAACCCCGAGGACUGCCACCUCUUCCCAGUGCUUGCGACCAGCCUCGUUCUAUUUAACUUUGUUCUCAGAUCCUAUAGGUCAGUGAAAGGGCAAGUAGUAAGCUGCCUGCCUCCCUUCCCCCAGACCUCGCCCUUGUAGUUGCAGAGAAGGGUAUUUCUGUCUUUUUAAGCACAGACUCAGGAUGGGACAUUCCAUCCUUAUCCCAUUCUAGCUUGGGCCCUAACACCUAAAUCUCUCCCAGGUGUGUGUGCCUCAUUCCUUUCCCACCAAGAACCCAUUUUAGCGCCUUCUGCCAGCUGCCCUGGUGCUUUCUCCAAGGGCCAUCAGUGUCUUGCCUAGCUUGAGGGCUUAAGUCCUUAUGCUGUGUCAGUUUUGUUGUCAAAACAAAUUAAAAUUUCCAGAGACCCUGCUG